GCGGGCUCCGCCGCGCUCUCCUCCUCCUCCUCCUCCUUCCCGGUGCUCCCUGCCCGGCCAUGGAGCUGGGGCAGGUGCCGCUGCACUUCUCCCGCCUGCCCAUGUUCCCUUUCUUCGACUUGGCGCACUAUGUCGCCUCCGUGGUGGCGCUGAAGGAACAACGGGGAGCUGUGGAGGUGUCAGUCCGGAGUCCAUUUGCCUGCUGGUUUAGUGCUAUGCUUUAUUGCUUUGGUGGUUCGGUUUUGUCCUCGUUGAUGCUUGCAGAACCUCCAGUAGCAUUUCUGGCCAAGGGCACAAAUAUUCUACUGGCAUCUUCAGUCUGGUAUCUGGUGUUUUACUGCCCACAAGACAUUUUCUGCCGGUGCUUUUCCUUUCUGCCUCUUCGUCUCCUGGUUGCAGGAAUGAAAGAAGUGACUAGGACUUGGAAGAUAACAGCUGGAGUUGCACAUGCAGACAGUCACUUCAAAGAUGCCUGGCUUGUCAUGGUGGCUGUGGGCUGGGCCAGAGGAGCUGGUGGUGGCCUAAUUUCCAACUUUGAGCAGCUGGUGAGAGGAGUGUGGAAACCUGAAACCAAUGAACUACUGAAGAUGUCCUACCCUGUGAAGAUAACUUUGAUAGGAGCAGUUCUUUUCACCCUGCAACACAGCCAGUACUUGCCAAUUGCAAGACACAACCUUGUGUUUUUAUACACCGUCUUUCUUGUUGUCUUCAAGGUAAGAAUGAUGUUGACAAGAUGUGCAACUUCUCCACUUGCUUCCCUUGAGGCUGCAUUAGGCCAUGUGCUUUUUGGCUUGCGAAAGGCACCUUCCAAAGUGAAGAGUGAAGGUGCCACAUCUUCCAACGGCUCCUCAGUCUGUGACCGGCCCUCUGAGCAGCACCAUGAUGGUGUUAAGAAAAGACAAGCAAAGAAAACAGAAUAAGUGACUUGAAAUCCUUAAUGGUCUUGACCACUGAAGAUGUUUUUUUGCCAAAUUAGGCUGGCUGAGGUGUUUCUUUAGGGAAAUGCAUUUGUGGAGAGAACAGGACUGUGUUGUGGUUUGCCUUUGGAGUAUGUUAUGUAAAGUACUGUUCCUGUGUCUGAAUGCCCAGACUGGAUUUGUAAGUUCAAACUACAGUUUUUUAUAGUACUUAUAAGUUUACUAAUUUUUGUAUUUAUGAUAACUUUAGGUGCUCACAUGCUCAAAGGGUAGUUUUGAAAUGUGACGUUUGUAUUUGUUCUUUUUUCUGAUAUAUCACUUGUUUCACCUCUUCUUACAUUUCAUUUGGAUAACAUUGAUUUGCACUGUCAAGUUUUCACUGUAGUACAUCCUAAAUAAGAAAGUUAUCAUCUUAAUAAGGCAUAAUCACAUCGCACUGUGUAAAACCAUAAAAAUGUACCACACUAAUGCCUUUAACUAGAAAAAUAACUGAAUUAUUGUUGUAAUUCACAUUGCACUGGUCUAGAUUUUCUGCAUUUGCUUAAGUAUUUUUCGAUAUUUUUCUAUUUUUUAAAAUGAGAGUAAAUUACUUGCACUUUAAAAAAUCUUUAUAUGUAGCAAAUAGAAAUAUUUCGAUAUUUUUGUUGUUGGCUUUGACUCUUACUUUGCAAGCAUUUGAUAUGUAGAUGUUUUUCAUAUUACAUUGGGGAUUUGCAUGUGAUUUGUAGUUAUCUUUCAGUUCACCUGAGACUAGACAUCUCUGCCUGCAUUUUUGUCCAAGCAUAUGCACUUCUUUCUUUUCAAAGACAAACUUUCUUAUAAAAAAGAAGAUUGGACUGUACAUUUGCAUUGUUUACUCAGCACCCUGGGCUGGAAGACAGGAAUGGGGGGUGGAAGGAAGCCCCUGUAAUCCAUGGUCAGUGACCUGCUACACCACUUAAGACACUAACAAGUCCAUGGGGCCAGAUGGGAGACAUCCAAGGGCACUGAGGGAGCUGGUAGAAGAGGUUCCUGAGCCACUUUCUGUCACUGACCAGCAGUCCUGGCAAACCAGGGAGGUCCCAGUUAACUGGAAGUUGGCAAAUAUGACACACAUCUACAGGAAGGGUUGGAAAGAGGAUCUGGGGAACUACAAGCCUGACCUCAGUGCUGGGGAAUGUCAUGGGGCAGAUCAUCCUGAGGGCCAUCAUGCAACAUGUACAGGACAGUGAGGGGAUCAGGCCCAGCCAGCCUGGGUUUAGGAUAGGCAGGGUGGUCAGGCAGGACCACCCUGAUCUUCUGUGACGAGGUGACCCACCUCAUGGAUUAGGGAAAGGCUGUGGAUGUGUCUACCUGGGCUUUACUAAAGCCUUUGACAUAUUUUCCCAUCAUUCUCCUGGAGAAAUUGGAUGCUUAUGGCAUGGAUGAGUGCCCUGUUCACUGGAUAAAAAACUGUGUGGAUGGCCCAGAGAGUGCUGGGCAGUGGAGUGACAUCUAGCUGGGUUCCCUCACCAGGGGUGUGCACCAAGACUCAGUGUUGGGGCCAGUCCUGUUUAAUACCUGUAUGAACAGUUGGGAUGAGAUCAAGGGCACCCUCAGUCAGUUUACUGACAACACCAAGCCAGGCAGGAAUGUUGAUCUGCUGGAGGGCAGAAAGGCUCUGCAGAGGGAUCUGGACAGGCUGGAUUGAUGGGAUGAAGCCAGUUGUGUGAGAUACAACAAGAGGAAGUGCCAAGAUUUGCACUUCAGUCACAAAAACCCACAGCAGUGCUCCAGGCUGGGGGAAAAGUGUCUGGAAAGUUGCCUGUUGGAAAAGGACCUGGAGAUGCUGAUUGAUAGCAGCAGAACAUCAGCCCAGGUGUGCCCAGGUAGGCAAGAAGACCAAAGGCAUCUGGGCAGUACCAGCCAUGGUGUGACCAGCAGGACCAGGGCAGUGACUGUCGCCCUGUGCUAGCACACGUCAAGUGCUGGGGGCACUUCUGGGCCCCUCAGACAGGAGAGACGUUGAGGGGCUGGAGCAUGUCCAGAGAAGGGAUUGGAGCUGGGGAAGGGGCUGGAGCACCAGGAGCGGCUGAGGGAGCUGGGGGGGCUCAGCCUGGAAGCUCAGAGGGGACCUUCUUCCUCUCUACAACUCCGUGACAAGAGGGUGGAGCCACAUGGGGGUCAGGCUCUGCUUCCAGGGAACAAGGGACAGAACAAGAGGAAACAGCUGCAAGUUGUACCAGGGGAGGUUUAGGCUGGAUAUUAGGAAAAAUAUAUUCACUGAAAGUGUUGUCAAACACAGAAACAGGUUGCCCAGAGAAGCAGUGGAGUCACCAUCCCUGGAGGUAUUUAAAAACUGUGUAGAUGUGGCACUUGAGGACAUGGUUUAGUGUUGGGCCUGGCAGUGCUGAGUUGAUGAUCUUUAAGGUCCUUUCCAACCUAAACCAUUCUAUAAUGUCAGAAGCAUGGAACUAUUUACUAGUGUUUGCUAAAAUCUUGCUUUCUACUGGUUGCAUACUUUUUUGCUUAUGAUAUAAAGCAGUUCUAAAGGGGAUACACUUCAUAACUGAGAACUCUGACAUUUUAGAGAUGUUACAUUGCAUAGGAAUAUAAUCUUUUCAGAGGAAUCUUUCACUGAUGUGCCAAUUUUUAGAAUAAAUUAUUUUUACAAAAUUAGAUUAUUUGUCUUCAGAGAGUACUGCUUUGAAGAGUAUUCUUCAGCAAGAGGGUGUAGGUUAAUCUUCAUGCAGGGAUGCCAAGAACAAUGUGGAGAGAGAUCUGAUUUGAAAAGACAAAGUUCUAGUUCCAGGUACAUAUCUAAAUUUAGAAAAGCUGUCACCAGUGCUGUUCUUAGAGAAGAGAAAAAGAAAAAAGCACCAAAGAAAUUUCUUGUGCCUGUCUAGUCACAUUUCCAUGGUAGUGACCAAAAUCAUUGAACUCAGUUUGAAAUUGAACUUUAUAGCAAAUUACUAUUUUCUUUAAAAUUAAAAGACCCACAAACUCUUUGGUCAAAGUAGCAGUCAUAUUCCUUACAUUUUACAAGGAAACUCAUUGCACAGUUAUAAAUGCUUGGAGCAUUCAUAUGGUGUUUCAUUUUUUGUAGCUUGAUAUCCUGGAUGUAUGGACUAACUUGGUGCUGUCAACUAACUAGUUGUUAAGAAACGCCAGCAAAUGAUGCCUGUCUAUGGUUUUUAAAACUGGUGGAUGUGUUUUUGAAGAGUUAUAAUUGUGUAUACUGGAUCACACAAACCAUACAGAAUUGGAUUGUGGUACGGAACAGAUGUGAAAUUCUGUCUGAUAACUGGCUGCUCUUAGCCCAAAUAAAUGUGAAAAUGUGCUUAGACUAAUUCUUUAUCAAGUUUACAAUUUGAAGGAAAAUACAUGGUUUUGUAUUCGUUUUUGGACUUGAAGACAACAAUAUUAAAAAUAAAAAUGUUUUCCUUGACUGAACACCUUAAAAGUAAUACACACCACACUAAAAAUGUAUUCUGUUGUGAGACAGAAUACAAGUUACACUGAAAUAAAUCCUGUUAUAAGCACCAUGAAAACAAACCUUUUGUAUUUUAAAGAUCUCACAGGCUUCUGAAGGAGGGGUGCUCAAAAGAACUCCAUAUCGAAUAUUUACAUGCAAAUGUUCUGAGAAUUACAUUUUAUAAUGGAAAAAAAAAAAUAAAGCAGUUGCUCAGGAUUUAACCUGAAUUUUGUAGAAGAGUUAAUACACUCUGUCCAGAAUGUCUUAAAUAAACAAUACCUUCUUA